AUGGUCGUGGAUCAAGGCCACUCGGACAAGCCUCACGAUGCCGCAGAUUGCCGAAUGAGCACAUGCGACCCUCCAGAACAUCGCCCAGAUGAUAGCAGUGCACCUCAAGGUCAGCCGGCUGUGAUCACAGCGGAGCUCCUGGAGUCCGAUCCUGAGCCAGGUGCCGAGGAGAGUGCAAGGCUGGCAGGCCAAGGCGACGUUGAGGCAGAGUUCACCGCACUGCUGACCAGUGGCUUUGAAGAGGCUUCCAGCAACCAGCCGGCCUGCGAUGACGACAUGUCGGAGAGUGAGGCUGAGGAGGAGGAGGAGGAGGAGGAGGCGGCACCAAAGGAGGAUACGAAGGACGACGAUACACCCAUGCCUGAUGCUUCCGAGGAUGCAGCUGCCGCGACCACGAAAGCAGACGAAAGCGAGACUUUCGCAUCGCCUCCAAAAGUAGGUCGCUCCUCCAUCGCAUCGGGACAUUCGUCUGCCACUCCCAGGCGCAGGUCCAUCGCAGCCCAAGUUGCAGAGUGCAAGGCCAAAAUCGCUGAGCUUCAAAAGCUCAAGAUGCAGCGUUUGGAAGAAGAGGAUUACAUUGGGGCACAUGAGGCCAAGCAGGAGAUCCUUGCUCAUGAGCAGAACUUGCAGACCCUGCGGCUUGAAACGAUGCCAACACCGGCGCGAGGCGAGGAGCUCAAGGACGAAGAUGUCGAAGGGCGCCGCCUGGAGAACGAGGCUGCAGAGGUCGCUUGGCGCCCCGACCCUGGCGACACGAACCUCGUGAGACUGGAAGCUCUGCAAGCCGAGGGGCCCACUUUUACGUUGGCCGUGGACAUCUUCGACCGUCUUUAUCCUUACCAGCAGAAGGGAGUGGCAUGGAUGGCCAGGCUUUGGCAGAAGGGGCACGGCGGUGUUCUGGCAGAUGAGAUGGGUCUCGGCAAGACUAUCCAGGUGUGUGCUUUGUUGAACGGUGCACGCAAAGCGGGUGCAACCCAUGCGCUGCUGCUGAUGCCAGUGACAUUGCUGGAUCAGUGGAGCCGCGAGGCGCGGUUGUGGUGUCCAGGUUGGCCUGUGUACACGUACUACGGGACCGCGGCGCAGCGGGCGAAGGCCUUGCGUGGCCUUCGGAGACCUAUGGGAGGGCUCUUGCUAACUUCCUAUUCGCUUCUCAGCAACUGCGAAGCGCUCCUCGAGGUGCAGGUCGAAGACGUCCCCGAGCCGACUCGCCGCGGUGGACGGAAGCCUGGGGGUGAGAAGCCGUCCAAACGCCGUAAAUUGGACGACGAUGAUGGCUGCGACGAAGCCUGUGACUCUGAAGAGGAGCCAUUGGAGCCCGAGCUUCCGGGCGGAGAGCUUCCGGCGCUUGGCAGUCGCAGGUCUUGGGAUCUGGUCGUCUGUGAUGAGGCACACAGGAUGAAGAACAUGUCUUCACUGCUGGCCAAGAGCCUUCGCAAGCUCAAGUCGUCUUGCCGCAUCUUGCUCACGGGCACGCCGGUCCAAAAUGCUCUUCAGGACCUGUGGGCAUUGCUGGAUUUUGCGCAGCCUGGUCUUUUGGGCAACCAUGCGACGUUUGUCAAGAACUUCAGUGAGCCCAUAGACAAAGGCAGCGUGCGAGGUGCAAAGGUUUGGGCCGUCGAACUGAAGAAACACUUGGCUGAGCAACUUCGGGCUCUGAUUCGUCCGCAUCUCCUGCGUCGGACAAAGGUCAAUGCUGGGCUCACAGGCGGCGCAUCUGAAGUAGCUGAGGAUGUUUCUUUCGAGGAAGCCGACAGCGAAGAGAAGGACAUUGAAGGGGUGGUGACCAAGCUGCCCAGCAAGAGGGAGACUAUUGUCUGGUUGGUUCCCAGUGACGAGCAGAAGGCUGCAUACAAGAAGGUGCUCGAGGACAGCGAAGUCAUCAAGGAAGCCUGUGUGAAGUCCAAGCUGGGCAUCGAGGUUUUCCGAGCAAUCGGCCUCUUGAAACGCCUUUGUAAUCAUCCGCUUCUGUUGCUGCCUAUGCCAACGAUAAAGGACUGGGCGAACCUUCUACAAGAGGUGCAAGCUUCGGGAAAGGAGCAAGAAGCCACCAAUGAGACUUCAGACGAGCAGAAGGAGGAUGCCACCGCGACAGAAGCCUCGGAGGCCGCUGCAGAUCAGCAGGACGAUGCCCAGUGCGGCCAAGAUGUUGAGUCACUUCUGAAAUCCUUGUCUCGAAGCCACCAGGACGUGCUGCUGCAGAGCUCCAAGCUUCAGUGCCUGGCAAGACUUUUGCCCGAGCUAUCCUCCCAAGGCCACCGCACCCUGGUUUUUUCUCAGAGUGUCAAGAUGCUCGACCUGGUCCAGAUCUGCUGCUUGAAGCCCCAUGGCCUUCGAUGUCUGCGGAUAGACGGGCAAACAGAUGCCCAGGCACGAGCGGAAAAGGUGUCGAAGUUCAACAACCAGCCAGAUCGCUUCCAGUGCAUGCUGUUGACCACGGCUGUGGGGGGCGUUGGCCUGAACUUGACGGCCGCCGACCGCGUGGUGAUCGUCGAUCCUGCUUGGAACCCUGCCACUGAUGCGCAGGCCGUAGACCGGGCAUAUCGCAUUGGGCAGAACAAAGAGGUGAGGGUCUACCGCCUCAUCAUGAGUGGUCUCAUCGAAGACAAGAUGUUCCGUUUACAGGUGUUCAAGAUGGGGCUUACUCGAACUGCUCUUGAAGCUGAUCAGCAGCACCGAUACUUCACGGCUAAGGAGAUCCGAGCCCUCUUUGAGUGGGUGGAUCCUGCACAGGGUGAGACGCGAGCCCUUCUGCGUGAGAAGCACGGAGAGGGCCAGGAGGCCGAACUUGCCGCCGCAGCAGCCGAGGAUGGCUCCCGCGCUUGGAUGCAGACGCCUGCCCUCGACCUUAGUGAUUUCGCCUGUUUGUACGGAUCGGCCCAAGAGGAGGAAGUGCAGGAUGAGGGCUUUUCAGCUCAGGUUGCAGAGGCCAAGCAAAAGCUAGAAGCUGCUGAUGAAAAGCUCAGCGAAAAGAAGCGACUCCGACAAGAAGCGGAGGCGGAAGUCGCACGGCUUGCUACAGAGCUCGAAGAGGUCUCUGCUGCGGUGGACGAUGCAAAGGAAAAGCGCCUGCGAGCCGAAGAAGCAUGGAAGGACAAGCGAUCUGAGCUAGUCCAGGCUCGCAAGGGGGAGACGACUGCCCAACAGCGGUUGGAGAAGGCCGGAUGCAGCUUGAUCACUGUCCAGGACCGGCUCCUGAACCACCAGAACGCGCUGACCAGUGCCACGGAGGAGGUUGAAGCUGCUGCUCUGAAGGCUGCAGAGGCAGCUGAAACAUCCAAGGAGAGUCACGAGACUUUCGUGAAGGCCCUCUUUGACGCUGAGAGCCAACUGGGCCUCGUCGACCAGCGUGGCGCUGCCACAGGUGACUGUGCUGCCGACGCUGCGCCGGACAAGUUAAAGAAAGCUCAGAAGGCACUGGACAAGUUGAAGACUUCGAUGGAGAGCAAUUUGUUCCGUCAGGUGGAGUAUGAGACUGUGGAGGAGGAUGUUCUCAAAGUCGAGCCAGGCCGCGAACGGGAACGGCACCGCCUGGAGCAAUUGGUCGCGAAGGCCAUUCAGCGUGCCGAAAAUUCACGCGAAGCGGUGCUGAAGGAGGUGCAACAUUUCGUGGAGGCCGGCAUGUGGUUUGCAGAGUCUCUGCAGAAAACGCAGAAGCGGCCAGUACGGAUGGACCAGGUCAAAGCGGUCCAAUCCACUGUGAAGGCUGCAUUCCGUCAGCUGCCAAAAGCUUGGCAAGCUGUGCGCAGCGCCAGAGAGGCGCAGGCGAAAGUUGGAGCCCAGCGACGCAAGGUGGCUCUGCGCCGAGCCACAGCUGUACAGACAAAGGCGGAGUCAGAGGCAACUGUCCAAAGCGCAUCGAAUGAGCAGAAGGAGGCGGAGGCAGAAGAAGCCCAGCUGCGCAGCGAGCGCAGCGCAAGGGAGUCCGACCUGGCAGCCGCAGAGCUUGCCCGUCAAACCGCUCACCAGCGGGAGGUCGACAUGAAACGGCGUCGUGAUGAGCUGAAGGCCCAGCAACCAACCGCAAGGGAUGCGGUGAAGGCUGCCCGUGCUGCAGAGCGCGAGGCGGAUGCUGAGCGCAAGGCCCUACAUGCGAGAGCCGAGAAGCGCGAGAAGGAGCAAGAGUUGCUGGAAGAGGCAAAGAGCACUGCCGUCAGACAGCUCAAGAACGAGGCAUACGACGCCAACCAGGUGGAGCUUGCCUACGAGGAACGGAGAGGCAGCAAGAAGGCUCAGGAAUGA